CUGCUGCUCCGACGGUAUGAUAUAAAGACCCGAGAUGCGUGGAGACACAUCAAAGCAGUGGUACAGAACGAAGCGUGCGGAUUACUGUUGCGAUUUAACAUGAAUUAUUUGAACAUAAUUUUAAUAUUAUGCUCGCUGGCCGUAGCAGCGACGCAGGGGCUAGAAGAAAGCAACACGGAUGGACAGAGACGGAGCACCGGUGGCUACGGUCUGCUGAGACCCGGCUACGGCAACCCUGGCUACGGCGGUGGAUAUAAUAGCGGCUACGGCGGUGGUUACGGAGGUGGCAACGUCGGUGGUUACGGCGGUGGUUACGGCGGUGGUUACGGCGGCGGCUACGGAGGAGGAUAUCAACCCGGCUACGGCGGUUACCAACCCGGUUAUGGCCAAGGAGGGUACCCCGGUGGUUACCCUGGAGGCGGCUACCCGGGUAACCAAGGAGGAUUUGGAGGUGAGAACAUUAUUCAUACUACUAAUGGAUUGAUGUCUGCAGGCGGAUAUCCUGGAUAUCCCGGUGCUGGGUACCCGGGACCCGGGUACCCAGGAUACGGCGGGUACCCCGGUUUCGGAGGGUACCGUCCAAACUACCGGCCGAACUACCCUCCAAACAACUACGGCUACCCGGGCUACAACCAGUGGAAGCCUACCUACAAUCAAUACAGACCGGGCUACGACCGACAAUAUCCCGGUAACACUGGAAACUAUCUCGGAGGCUACGACGGAUUCAACGACAACUUCAGGCUGGUGGGAAGGAAGGUGGGCGAGGACAAGAAGACCAGCUCUGAAGAGAAGUACACGGUGUAAUCUCACUCAUAUUGUUGUUCAUUAAAUUAUUUUUUA